CAAAAAGGGCACAAAAAGUCUUUGGGACAAUCAAUAAAAAUUGACCGGAAAUUAUUUUAAAUCUGUGCAGCUAGUAUUUCACAAGAGAUGUUUGCACAGUCAAUUGACAAACAAUUGAGCAUGGAAAUUUGCGUGAUUGGAAUUAGAACAGUGUGGUAGAGAUUGCAUGUGCUUCUGGCUUUUUCCCUCCUCUUCAGCCAACCCAAAAGUCCGAGGAAAAUUCUCUGGCUAGAGCUAUCGCACGAUCAUAUCGCUGCGCGCGUGUGAUGCAAUUCGUGAGAGAUGAGAAGUGGGAAAUUCAGGAGUUUUUCCCAUCACCACCAUCUCACUUAUGGGAUCUUCGGGGGCGUCUCGGUGGGGUCUGUGACCUUGCUGGCCUCUCGUGUGCCUCAUUACCUGACCGAUUCAUUUGUAUGGUGGAGAAUGCUAUAAAAAUCGAGGAUCAUAGUGGUUCUAUUGACAGUUUUCAUUCACAUACGCGAUCGCACGGAACGUGAAAAGCUGUGACUACAAGUGGAGAUUAUAUCUUCCGACUUUGAGGAAAAGUUUCUCCAUAAAUUACUGUGCUAUUUUCACCUAAUUGGAUUUAUCAGUGAUCUUGUUGAAUUUGACGGAUAGGUGCAUUUUCUCUCCAAUUGCUGGUUGAACCAUGUUCUUGGGUAUAUGGGCAAUUUUGUGGGUGUCCCAUGCAGCCCUGGCAAAUCCCAUCCUCCUCGAGGCCGAGCUGUUGGCCGAUGAGACACGGGCAUUGCGUCAGGUGGCUCCAGCAAGGGAGUUUUUGUUCCUCAACAAUCAAGUUGCUCCCAUCUGGAGAGCUUCUGCCACCCUGACGGGGGAUAAUGCCGAAGGGGGACCUGCUGGACUUGUGAGUUUCCGGCAAUUUACAGACUUUGAUCCUGUUGUGGUGUCCAUAAAUGUAACUGGACUCACAGCAGGAAAGCAUGGUGUUCACAUCCAUCAGUAUGGUGAUCUCACAGAGAGCUGCAAAUCCACAGGACCUCAUUUCAAAAGGAGUUUGAUUGGGAAUAUCGAAGCCAAAGAAGAUGGAACAGCUUCAGUGGAAUUCGCUAGUCCCUACUUGAGCCUCUGCGGUCCUAAUGGAAUCAUUGGGCGUUCUCUUGUAAUCCACGAGAAGCCCAUUGAGUACAACCGUUUCCCAGAUAUCGCUACACCUCCAUCAGAGUCUCAAGAAGACAAUCCAACUCUCCCGCAGACUGAGGAGCAGAAAGUAGGCAAUAUCGUCGCGUGUGGAGUUAUUUCAAUCACCAAAAGCAAAGAAUGACAAAUGAAUUUUUGAUACCAUCAUUGUCCACCCUCCGUCCUGGCCAAACACACCCUCUUUCCUAUAUUCAUCUGACUUUAAAUAUACAGCCAUUCCUGAGGAAA